GGCUCAUCUCAUAGACUAUACAGCAAUGAAGAACUCGUUGUUACCCAGACUUAAGACUAUUAUUCUUAAUACUAAACUCUUAUCGGUUCGCGUAAACUGUUUGAUAUGUUUGGGAAAGAUUUUGGAGUAUUUGGACAAAUGGUUGGUUCUCGACGAAGUACUUCCCAUUCUCGCUAACGUUCCCUCGAGGGAACCGGCAGUUAUCAUGGCAUCUAUUGCCAUUUAUAAGCUGACGAUGAAUAGCAACAAAUUAGGUCUCACUAAAGAGGUGAUGGCAACAAAGGUUGUGCCAUAUCUAGUGCCCCUUUCCAUUGAAAACGGAUUAUCUUUACAACAAUCGAUUAUGUGUUUGGUUCGCGAGAUGUUGUGUAAGAUAGAGGACGAACAGCAGACAAAGUUAGAGCAAUUGAAUUCAAUUAAAUCACAACAACAGUCACUAUUCAAUUCCACCCAAAAGUCGCCCACUUUUGACAACUUAUCGCAACUGACAAACAACUCCACCAGCGCUCCGGUUAUCACUAAUAAUAGCACCGCAUCUGCGCUCACUUUAGAGGAUAAGGAAAGACUCGCCAAACAGAGCGAACAGAACGAGAGAUUGAGGGCU